UCCAAGGCAAACCUCUUUCAACUCUACUAGGUGGUAGGUUAGCUGCAAGGCGCGGGAAUAGGGUAAAGUCAUUCACAUUGUUACUACUAGUCAAAGGGGUAUGCUAGCAAUGAUGGACCUGUGCAGGUUUCAGUUUCAUCUUUUGCGCGUUUUUGCGGCAUGUGUCAUCUUUGUUCAUUUUAAUUCAUUGGUUUCGGCUGCGCCGGUAAUUUCUUCAGAGAUUCAAGCCAUGAUGUACCUUCAGAAAUAUGGAUACAUGAAUGAAUCGAGUUCCAACUCAGCCUCCCUCAUCAGUCAGAAGGCGGUUCAGACGGCGAUCAUGGAAUUCCAGAGAUUCUCUGGAUUGCCGGAAACAGGAGAACUGGACAACACGACACUUAACAUGAUGAAUAUGCCCCGUUGCGGCGUGAAAGACAACGUUGGACAUAGCGGGUCUGCCCGGAGGAAGCGAUAUGCCCUUCAAGGAAGCAAAUGGCGCGUGACGGAUCUCACUUACAGAAUCAGCAAAUAUCCUCGACGACUGAAGGACAAGCAGAAAGUAGACAAAGAAAUCGCCAAAGCAUUCAAGGUCUGGAGUGAUGUCACCAAUCUCAAUUUCAUCAACACCGACAAAGGACGCGUUCACAUCGACGUCCGUUUCGAGGAGGGGGAGCACGGUGAUGGAGAACGCUUCGAUGGACCCGGAAGAACGCUGGCGCAUGCGUUCUUCCCUCAGUAUGGCGGUGACGCCCACUUCGAUGACGAAGAGAAGUGGACCAUCAACCAGUAUUACGGUACCAAUUUGUUCCAAGUUGCCGCUCACGAAUUCGGUCACUCCUUGGGUCUCUCUCAUUCCGAUGUGAAGGCUUCUUUGAUGGCUCCUUUUUACCGCGGAUACGAACCUUCAUUCAGCUUAGACGAAGAUGAUAUCUUAGGCAUACAAGCUUUAUAUGGCCGUCCCAGAAAGGAGGUAGUAGCGCCAACUCCUGGUUACAAACCUAAACCAACUCCUGACUACAGCGACGGUUCCCCCGAUUUGUGUCAAGAUGCAUCCAUCAAUGCCGCUACCACUACCGAAGAUGGAAGGACUUACGUUUUCAAAGGUGAUUAUUACUGGGAGGUGAAGCAGACGGGCAUUGCUGACGGCUACCCAAGGAAAAUCAGCGAGGACUGGGGAGGCUUGCCCGGCAACUUGGAUGCGGCUCUCACCUGGACGAAUGGGAAAACAUUCUUUUUUAAGAAAAAUGAAUAUUGGAGGUUCCGAAACAAGAAAAUGGAUUCCGGCUAUCCCAAGCCGAUUUCUGUCGGGUUCGAGGGAAUUCCGAACAGCAUCGAUGCUGCUUUUGUUUGGAGCGGGAACGGGAAAACUUACUUUUUCAAAGGCUCCAACUACUGGCGCUUCGACAGCCGCAGCGAGCCCCCCGUCAGCUCCCGCUACCCGCAGCCCAUCAGCAACUGGGAGGGACUGCCCAACAACAUCGACGCGGCCUUGCAGUGGGUCAACCAGAAGACGUACUUCUUCAAGGGAAGGAGCUACUACAGAUUCAACGACAGGCUAUUCUCGGUUGACAAAGCUGAUCCUGCUUACCCUCGCUCUACUUCGGUUUGGUGGUUCGAUUGCAAAGCUCAGUCCGCCAGCAACGAAGACAUGACCAAGGCUUCCCUCAACGGUGGUGACAGGCAUCCCAUUUACAUCGGCGGGGACGACAACAUCACGUCGUCGACUCAAAUCCCUGUGGAGAAUGACUACGUGGACGCAGAUGUUGUCGACGGUUCCGAGAAACUGGACGUCGACCUGCAGCAGAGUGGUGGCGAUGACUUGUCGACUCCAUCUCCACGGAAUGAGGCCCUGGAUGCCAAUUCCGCAGCCUUCUCUUGCGCAAAUCUGUUCCUCUCUUUGCUGCUGGUGGUUGUUCUUCAGGCCCACAGGCGGCAGAUCUUAUGACUUUGAAUGGCUUUAUGGAAGUGUCGCUAGUUCCGACUCGUUUUAUUUCGUGCUGAAGAAUCAGGGCGAACUUUUUUUUUUUCUGUUUUGAUUUUGUGCCAUUCUUUAGGGGGGGAAAAGCAUACUGUGUGAUGAAAUCUGGAAGAAUUGCGGAUUCAUUAACUAUCAUAUUGUGUUUGCAAUUCCCAGGGUCGAAUUAUCAAGUAGGCAAUUGCAAAAGGGUUCUGCAAUGAAGGGGAAUAAUUUGGAUUUAAUUUGAGUAAUUUAAGUGUGUGCCUUUCAGUUGCAAAGCCUGUGCACUCAAACUUAUUCAAAUUAAAAUAAUGUGUUGUUUUAAAUUUCAGACGAUUAGUUUGAAAUCAGUGCGAUCCUUAUUAUUGUUAUUAUUUAUAUUUAGCUGAUUAAUUUACAAACAAACGACUUUUGCAACUUUAAUAUUCGAGUAUGUAAAGUGCUUUUUAAAAAGUCUGCGAUAUUUUUAUCUAUUUAAUAUUAUAUUCAAUUUCAAAUGUUUUUUUAUAUUUCAAAUGCUGAAAUCUACUCUUUUUUAUUAUUUUUCGCAACAUUGGUUGCUUAACAAUUGCUUAUAUUAACAUUAGAUUGAAAUCAAUAGAGAAAUAUCUAGUUCUUAGGGAAAAGGACCCUCCCUCCUUCGAAACUUUCAUCACCCAAGAAUCCGUAUAGCGUAAUCCGACCCUGGCAAUUUUCUUUGUAUUUGUUCUCAAUUUGUUUGUCUAUUACUAUGGUAUGCAUUUUUUUCUCUCACUUUUCCAGAGUCAUACAAAUAUUUUUUAUACUUUGAUUGUUUGUUAACUAAGUCUUUGGAUUGUUGGUUGAGGGGAAAAGUAGUCGCAUCUUUCUGAAGCUGAUUUGCGUGCUAAUAUGUAAUGUAUCAAAAAGUGUAACAGUUUAAAUUCUCUGCUCAACAUAUUAAGACUCAGUAUUUCAAUUAUUCUUUAUUCUGCUAUUAAACAAGUUGCUGGCAACUAUUGAAACAUUCUUUUGACAAUUAAGAGUGUUUCUUUGCUGUUAUUUUCAUUCGCAUAUUUUCAUAGUGCCAAUUUAUUUUUGAGCAUCGGUUCAUGUCGCCAUCUAUCGUAAUUAGAUUGUACUAAUCAGUAUUAUUAAAUUUUAUUCCGCUUCAAUUUUUAUUGCAUCAGAUCGAGGCUUCUUAAAUUAUAAGCCCCAAUACCAAGUAGGCAGAUAGAAAACGUUGUUUCUUUAAAUGUUUUGUUUUAAUAAAAAAAAAAAAGACUUCGUAAAAUUAUCCCAAUUUCCGAUAUUUUUAUAAGAAGUAUUACAUAUCCAUUUAAAUUGAAAUUUUUCAUUUAAAACUAAUUAACGCGUCGUUUUAUUGUUUAUAUAUUAAUUUUGAAUUCGAGUUAAAUUCUUUGAUUGAAAAUAGUUAUCUACUUGAAAAAGAGACGUGUCUUUGAAAAAAAGUUAAUGAAGCCAUCCUUUACAUCAUAAAAACCAUCUAUAAAUUCAAAAAAGAUCAACAGGUUAUUUUAUUUGAUUUUAUCUAAAAAAAUAAUUAUCUUCCUAUUGGUUUAUUUAUAUGUGUAUGGAUUUAUAUUCGAUUAAAUUUGAAUAUACUAUUAUAGUUAAAUACAUUCAUAUUCACGUUUUUUACAAUUGACAUUUGGAUUUUCAGGUUUUUUCAAAAUUUGAUUCAUUUCACUAAUAAAUAUUUCAUAUUUGGUAGAAAAGACCCAUUUUCGCCUUUCGGUUUUCAUGUUAGAAUAAUUGUGAAAGUUGAAAUCAUUCAUAAAAUUCUUUGAUCUUUAGAUUCAGCUAUGGCUAAAUCUUUAACUAUGGAGCAAUUGAGAUCAAAUCAAUAUUUUUCGGUGAAAAAUCAUUUACAUGUAGUCAUUAAAUACAUUUCACACAUUUAUUAGGAUCUCGUUAUCAUACCUGUUUAAAUAAUUUUUUUUUCAAAUAAAUCUGAGUUUAAUUUUUUUCAGUUCAUUAGGAGUAUAUAAAAAAGCAGAACAGUUUUGUUAAUUCAUAAUUUUAAGCAUUGGAACAAAUUGAACCACCUUUUGAAUUUAUCUACAUUUUAUCUACACCACCACAAACGUUAUGCUUUGCAUUCGAAACUUUUAUCGCUGCAUUUCAAAUUUUGUACGAGCAUUGUUUUGUUGCUUAAACAAGCACUUGUCUUUAUGUUUUGAUCUGAUUUUUUUUUUUUUUUUUUUUUUUGGCAUCUUUGUUCUUUUAAGUUUAUCGUAUCUAACAGCGAAAUCUGUGAUGUUCGAAUUCUUGGAAGGUAGUUUACCCAGUGUUUAUCGCUUGGACAAUCGAUUGUUGAGUCAACAAAUUUUGAAAGUGAAAUGAAUGAGAAUGUGAGAAAUCAAUAAAUGUUAUUUUUAUGACCGAUGAACCAUUUGUUUUAUCUAAUGCAAUUUCUGAAUGGAUUUUGUGUGGUGAUCGAGUUUGUUAGUGAUAGACGCGUGUGUGUUUGAUGCAGAUGUUGGAAAAGAAUCGAAUGGUUCGAAUGUUGCUUACCUAAAAUUUAGUUGGUUAGAUGAACCGUCAACCAAAGUAGCUUGUUAACAAAUUUUAACCGCAUAAUAUCUUUAAACAUGAAAAAAUAAAAAUUUGCAAUAUAAAAAUUAUUUUUAAUAUAGCAGGCAAAAUUUUAAAGAUUUCAGUAAUUUAAUUUUCUUAGAUAAAUAAAAAUGUUUAUUUUGCUUAAUCUUUAAAAAAAAAAAAGAGAAUUAUUUGCUUCAACUUAUAAUAUUUAUUUAACGUAUAGAAUAAACAUUUAACACUUUUUUCAUAUUUCACUUAUUAAAACCUGUAUGAAUUCUGCUAUUUUAAUUUUAAAAAAUGAAAAGAUAAAAGUCUAGUUUUAUUGAUUUAAUGAUGUUUGCAAUACAAAUAUCUUAUAUGAAAAGUACCCGUAUAGUUGGUUAUUCAAUAAACAUGUGUUUGAAAUUUUUAAGUAGUUUUUUUCGAACAGUCAUUUCAAUUCGGCGUAUUAUUUCUGUGAAGUAAUAUAUUUUGAAAUUGAAAUUAUUUUUUCGAUAAAACACAUAUUCAUAUCGGAUAAUUGUUACGCGGAUAUGCAUCCACAUAUGUAGGAUAAAGCAAUAGUCCUAUUAUUUCUAGUCUUAUUUAGAUAAGCAACAUUCUUCCUGUGUUUUUAAGUUUAUUUCAUACUUAAAUUGUUUCCGAAGGUGCUUCACUCGAAAUUUUGUUCAUUUUCAAACAAUAUUUAAGCAUUUGAUGAAUGCGAGUUUGGAUACUUCGAUAAGCAUUUGAUUCGGCAACAUUCUGUAUUCAAGUAUUUAUUUGUAUUUAUCUAAUGAUGAAUGUUAUGCAUUUUUCCUUCGUUAAGCAUUCACAAAAAUAACAUUUCGCCCGUCCUCCGAGUCGCCUCGACUUGAAAAAUGGGCGAAUUAUUUGCUGCACAAUAUUUCAUUUUCAAGGAUGAAUCCGUUACAUUCAUCAUGUACUGUCAAUUGUAUAUAUAACUUAUUGUACAUGAGCACUCUUUACUUGUUAUUCGUCUGUCAUAUUUCCAAUAAACUUAUAAAAUUA